AUGCUGCAGGCUAAGGGUGUCAACCUGCUGUUGGGCAACGCACCCAGGCUGUGCAGGAUCCAUGGUCCAGAUGUCUUGACCAGCCAUCCCUUCAACAAUGUCACUGAGAACAUCUUUGCCAAGAUCGGCGCCAACCUCCACAGGCGGCCAGAUCAUCCGAUCUGCAUCAUCAAGGAGGCCAUCUAUGCAUUCUUUGAUGAGCGCCACCCUGGUGUCUUCAACAAAUUGGACGACCUGUAUCCAGUUGUCACUGCCAAAGCGAACUUUGAUGAGGUCCUUGUGCCAGCCGAUCAUGUGUCAAGGAGUCCCAAUGACACCUACUACAUAGACACAGACACAGUACUGCGGUGUCACACCUCUGCUCACCAGGCAGAGACUCUUAGAAAGGGCGAGCGAGCUUUCCUAGUCACAGGUGACGUGUACAGGCGAGAUUCCAUUGACCAGUCUCACUACCCAGUUUUCCACCAGAUGGAGGGUGUGAAGGUGCUGGAUCGAUCACAGUACAGCGAUGCAGCGGGAGGAACCAAGGUGGCAGAGCAGGAGCUCAAAGAGACCCUCGAAGCCCUUGCAGCACACCUCUUUGGGACCGGCAUUGAGUGCCGAUGGGUGGAUGCUUACUUCCCCUUCACGGACCCCUCCUUUGAGCUGGAGAUCUUCUUCAAUGGGGAAUGGCUGGAGGUGCUGGGUUGCGGGGUGAUGGAGCAGCAGAUUCUGGAUGUGAAUGGCUGCGCGGGGGAGAAGGCCUGGGCCUUUGGGCUUGGGCUGGAGCGCCUGGCGAUGGUGCUCUUUGCCAUCCCAGACAUCCGCCUGUUCUGGACGUCAGACAAGCGCUUUACCAAGCAGUUCAAGGCCGGCCAGCUCAACGCCAAAUUCAAGCCCUACAGCAAGUAUCCACCCUGCUUCAAGGAUGUGAGCUUCUGGCUGCCAGAGACCGGCUUCACAGAGAACAAUCUGUGCGAGGUUGUGCGAGGGCACGCUGGGGACUUGGUGGAAUCAGUCGUGCUGAUAGACAGCUUCACACACCCCAAGAAGCAGCGCACUUCCCACUGCUACCGGAUCUCCUACCGCUCCAUGGACCGCAGCCUGACAGACGAGGAGAUCAAUGACAUCCAGGACAACGUUCGCGGCUCCUUGUCUGACGAUCUCAAGGUGGAGCUCAGGUGACAGCAUGGGGCAGGGGCAGGGCUCUUGGGAACAGCACUUGAUGUUCAGCAGAACUGUUUAUUGGGCUAUUCGUGGGUCUGCAGUAAGUAUCCUAAGGAUACACUAGGUAAGGGUGGUCUGUAGCCUUUCUAAAAAUGACAUAUUUGCUUGUAAAUUCAUAUGCUUAC